CGCGCGACUCGCACGCGCACCUGCCCGUGACUCCGCCUUGGCCACCGCUCCGCGCGCGCGCAGCCGCUCGUCUGCAUCACGCCGCGCAUCGCGCUCACCCACGGACUCCGCAUUCGCCACGACGCCGCGCAACCGCCGCAUGCCGCGAGACCCAGCCGUCCGCGCUCGCGCCGUUCCCGCGCAUGUCGCUCGCCGCGCAUCGCGCUCACCCACGGACUCCGCACUCCACGACGCACGCGCAACCACACGACUCGGCCGCCGCGGACCGAGCCGUCCGCGCGACACGCCCGCGCACCACGCACCACCGCAGUGCCCUCCACUACUUGCCCUUAAGACGUCCUCGAUCCCCAGCCUCGCACCCCCCAACUGCGCCACUCCACCGCUCCGCACCGCAAAUCAGUGCCGUCGUCGUGCCCUGCCCGAGCUCCGCUCCGCCACGACGCCGCCGCUCCGCACCGCACCGGACCGCCGCGCCUACCAACGUCCGUGCCGCACCGCCAUCGCCCUCUGCUCGGAGCCGCAACGUUCGCCUCGACGCGCAUCGCCUUCGCAAGAGUCGGAGGACGAUCGGACUGACGAGGAUCGGGAAUAUCGGGAGGAGUUAGGCGACGACUACUGCAAAGGCAUUUGGUGAGGCUAUCUCUGAAUUGCGGCAAUAUGAUCAAGGUGCUCAUGGUGGCUAUUUUCGUUAGUGAUAAAAGAUUCAGUUGUCUGAGCAAAUCAUACGAGUUAUGUGUUGUACAAGCCAACGUCUUAGUUUUGUAGUUACUUGAGUGUAGCUUGGUUAUUGCCUUAGUAUUUCGUGUGAAAUAUUGUACAAGUACAAAUGUUGAUAGUUUCAAUGAAAAUGAUGAGCAAUAUUUGUCAA